CCCGGAAGUGGCGAGGGCGGGGUUAGCGCUGCGGGGUGAAAUCGGCCAGCCGGAGAAGAUGCUGCUGGACCUGUCGGAGGAGCACAAGGAGCACCUGGCCUUCCUGCCGCAAGUGGACAGCGCGGUGGUCGCUGAGUUUGGGCGAAUUGCGGUAGAGUUCCUGAGGCGUGGCUCGAACCCCAAGAUCUACGAAGGCGCUGCGAGUAAGCAGGGGGGAGGCACAGCGCUGAAAACUGCACGGAGAAGAAAACUCAGCGUGAGUAGUGACACUGUCCAACAUGGUGUGGAAGGAUUAAUACACCUCCUCACUGAAAGUUCAAAGCUCAUGAUUUCUGAACUGGAUUUCCAAGACUCAGUUUUUGUUCUUGGAUUCUCUGAGGAAUUGAACAAAUUGUUGCUUCAGCUUUAUCUGGACAACAGAAAAGAGAUCAGAACUAUCUUGAGUGAACUGGCACCAGACCUUCCCAGUUACCACAGCCUUGAAUGGAGACUAGAUGUACAGCUUGCAAGCAGAAGCCUCAGGCAACAGAUGAAACCAUCAGUGACUAUAAAGCUACACCUUAAUCAGAAUGGAGAUCACAACACCCAAGUUCUGCAGACAGACCCAGCCACCCUGCUUCAUUUGGUUCAGCAAUUGGAACAAGCCUUGGAAGAGAUGAAAACAAACCACUGUAGGAGAGUUGUGCGCAAUAUCAAGUAGUCCCAACUUGUUUUCUUCCCUUAGAAUCACUUGUGAAUUGAUGAUAUGCAGCAGUUACUUUUCAAAAUAAAUUUUUUAAUUGAUAGUGAUAAAUACAUAGAGAUUUCAUAACAUUUCUUUUCCUGUGUGAAGAUACUGAGGUCAUGAUCAAAGGCUAAGUAAAUUUCCUUUCCUGGUGCUAAAUGUGGUCAGCUUCUUGACAAUUAAGAUGUAUUUUGUAUUUUAAAUGUGUAAAUAGGAUUGAAUCAACUGGAAGUGAAUCUAUACUGUUCAAAUCUUCUGUAUAUAUAAAUGACUGUACUUUUUUUGAUACUUCUUCUGACUACUUAACUUUAUUAUAUUCCUUCUUAUUGACCUAAAUUUGACAGUAAAGUUCACAAUGUAAUGCUAUUACUAUUCAGAAUAUUCCUAGACAGUUUAAUGUUUUUGACCUUUAAAAGCACCCCAUGAGGGCUUCCCUGGUGGCACAGUGGUUGAGAGUCCGCCUGCCGAUGCAGGGGACACGGGUUCGUGCCCCGGUCCAGGAGGAUCCCAUAUGUCACGGAGCGGCUAGGCCCGUGAGCCAUGGCCGCUGAGCCUGCGCGUCUGGAGCCUGUGCUCCACAACAGGAGAGGCCACAACAGUGAGAGGCCCACGUACCGCAAAAAAAAAAGCACCCCAUGAUGUUAACAGCCACAGAAUAGUUGGAAGUGAAUAUAAACUUUUUUAAUGCUGUAUUUAGGCGGUUCUUGCAAUUUUUCUUUGCCUGUGAAUAUAGUAUUUACCAUGUCGCUUAAGUUUAAGUUGCCAUGGCUAAUAAGCUUAAAUAGUACUCAAAUUUGUGUGAAUAUAUUGCAUUUUAUUAAGGACUACUUUUUUCCCCCUAUUAUCCAAAGCAUCUAAGAGAUACACUGUCAUUUACAUUUAUAAACAAUGGAUGCAGACAUAAUGUAAUCAAUUCUUAAUUAUCUGGAUAUAAAUUAUAGUCACAUUUUAUAAUUCUGUUCGAAUAAAGUAUAAAGAGAGCAAAGAGAGGCCAUGUUUACUACAUUCCAAGCAAAUAUCCCUUCUUCCUUACAAACUUGAUUUUUGUUUUGUUCUGCUUUUUAGUGGGUAACUAUAAGCUGUUAGCCUGAAACAUUUAGAUGCUGAUGUGUCAGGUCGGCCUCGUAGAGUACAGGGACACAGGGAAACUUAAGGAGACACAAGGAGGCUUAAUGAGUAACAGCCUUAAGGAGAAAGUUAUAUGGAAGAGUAGAAACUGGGGUUCAGUCUUAAAUAUCUAGCCAAGACCUUAUUCUGAGAAUCUCAUCCCAUGCAGCAACUCAGGAAGUUCUUUAGAAACGUCAGACUCUAAACUGUACUCUAAGCUCUACCAAUACUUGGCCUUCUAAGAGUUAGAGAUUUUCAGGUCAGAGUGACAUCAUGUUUCUUCUUUCUCUUAAAGGAGAGCCCAGCAGGAAACAGAGGCCAGUGGAAGAAAAGCACAAUUGAUAUUGCCACCCAUCAUCCCCCUGCAGGCAUCUGGGUCACCCUUUUCCCUAUAAUAUCAGAUAUUAGCAAACUAUAAUCAGAUAAUUUUUAAUUAUAGUGAUAACUUGAUUAAUGAAGCUUUCAUAUUAACAACCUCACAAACAAAAGGAAACUUUAUAUAUUACAUGAAAUAGUAGCAUAUGUCAUCAGGUUUAAAAGCAACAUGCCUGCCAAGCUUAUAUGAUGAAAAUAGCUCUGUGAGGCUUCUUAUUUGUCCGCAUUUGGUGGGAGAUAAGCAGGGCUGACUCCAGCCAAGAUUGAAAUAAUAUCCCUGUGUCUCCUUAGGGCAACCUUUCUUCUUUCUCCAUAUCCACUGUUCUUACCCCAAGCAAAACAACAAAGCACAUGUUAGUCUUUUUUUUUAUCUGUAUCAAACUCCCCUGGUCUCCUUUGGCUGUACUUUGUUAUUCUUUCUGAUGUUCUGCCUUUUUUGCCUUUUUGGGCCAGAGUGAGUUGGGAGCAGUCUCCUAAUUUCCUUUUGAAUCUGGGACUCACGUUUUUUUUUACAGACCGUCUAAUGAGCCUCUUCCUUUUCUUGUUUGGACACUCCACACCCUUAUGCAUUCCUCUGCCUUGUUUGUUUUAUGGCACAUUUGAUUUUUUUGUAACUUGUAUAUGAACAUAUUUUCUGCAGAUGCAGUCACUAUUCUACUCUCAUAUAUGACCAGGUUUCUUGACUCUGGGAUGUUCCUUUCCAUCUGUAACUGUCUAAAUGUUUGUUAAAACAUUUUGGAUUAUGAGUAUGCUAAUUUUUUAGGAUUUGCUGAUGCAUGUUUAGACUAGUUUAAUAGCUUUUAUGUCUCAAAGCCAGAAUAGUAACAUCUCAUCUCUCAGAACAGAGCUGUGAGUAAGAAAUAAUCAAUAUGUAUAAUCACAAAGUCUACAUAUACUUCACCCAUUGGAAGUCUCCUUUGUGUUUCACAAAAUUCCAUGAGCUUGUUUUGUUCUUGAUAUUUCCAAGCUUAGGUAAAUAUAAAGCAGCAAACUAGAAAAGUGGUAGGGAUACCAUAAGAAGAAAAUAUACUUCUUUGAAAACUGAAAAGUGAGAACCUGAUACCAAGGAAAGUUUGAAAAAUCAUAAGUGUGUGUAAGGGAUGCAUGUGUGGGAGCCCUUAAAAUUUAUAGCAGUAUGUGGCCCUUUAGUAUAUAAUCCUAUGAGAAGGUUAAGAGGUCAGUCUUUGGAACUGGACAAAAGGGUUUGAAUUUUAGGCUCUGUGGCUUCUUUUGGGUCCUUGAUAAAUUCCCAAAGCCUUGUUUUCUUCAUCUUUACAAUAGGAGUAAUAACACCUAUCUCAUUGGCUUGUAGAGACCAAAUGAGACCACAUAUAUAGAAUGUUUAGCAUAGUAUUGGGCUUUAGAAAAUACUCGUGUAGACUAAGGAUCUCAUUAUUUUGUAGCCUUGAAUUCUGUCUCAUAUACUCUAUUUAAGAAACAGAAAAUGUUACCUGAUUUCUAUACUGAGUUUGAAUAACCCAUAUUAAAAAUUUUUUUUGAAGUCUAAAGGAAGAAAAAAGAGGGAAUUUAAAUACAUUUUUAGUAGUACCUUUAUCGAAAAUUUUAAUUCUUAGAAUGAUAUACAUAUAACUCUCCAGAAAACUCAACUCUUCAAAACUGCCUAGUCCCCAUAAGACUCAGGUAGACAAGCUGAAGGUUUUAUCUAUACGCUUGGUCUAGAGUCCCUUUUUUCUGUCUUUUUUUCUCCACACCAGUGAAAGAAGCAUGGGAAUCUCAAGAUACUAGCUAAGCCAGGUCUCUUUUUCUAGGUAAUAUUAUAUCUAAGUGGAGUUGUUUUUAAUCUCCAGGAGAAAACACAUAAUACUUCUUUGUAGUUUCUCAUAGCCUUCAUGGUCAGGAAGAUCUGUCAGCUGCUGUAUAAAAUCUUCCUGCUAUAAUGUAUGCACUCUUCUCUACAUUUUUUUUUUAAUAUAUGUUUAAGUCUCUCUUUAGCUUACCCUUCCACAGUUUCCAUAGUAAUAGGUUACUGUCAUCCCUUUUCCUUUCUUUCAUUAAUGGUAGAAAAUAUUUUGGUAAAAAUGGUAUCAUACUACAUUGCCUCUAGUUUAAAUAUAUUUGUUUUUAAAACCACCAUGACCGUUAUGUUCAAACCUAAAUACUUUCCUUAAAAACAAAACAAGCAAGCCCAGCUUCACCAUUAAUGUGGUUACUUCAGUGAGCUUUACAAACUUCAAAAGCAAUGUUUUAAUUAUAAAAGCAGAAGAAACCCAUUAUUUCUCAGCUUUGCAAAAUAGUAUGUACUACUUCGAGAUGAGAAAAUGAUGUACUUUAUGGCAAUAAAAUAUAUAUAU